AUGCAAGAAUUUGAUACCAUCCUGCGCAAUGCCCAUGUCAAUGGCUCCUUCAUUUGCGAUAUAGGCAUCAAACGAGGGGUUAUUGUCGCCCUGGGCGUGGGCCUCGUUGCAACCGAAGACACGCAAACCAUUGACUGCAAUGGAGCCAUUGUGACUCCAGGCGGGGUUGAUGGCCAUGUCCACCUGUCUCAGGAUCGUUCGCCCAGAGCUAAAGAAGCAGGCUAUACUAGUGCCGAUACAGUCGACACUGGGACUCGGAGUGCAAUUGCCGGAGGCACGACGACAGUCAUCCUAUUUGCAGAGCAAUCUCGGGGCCAGUCCUUGAAAGAGCAAGUUGGCAAAUACCAUCAACUCGUCAACGAGCAAGGCUCAUAUGCCGACUACGGGUUCCAUGCCAUCAUCACCGAUCCCACUGCACAAGUGCUAGAACAAGAACUUCCAGAGCUUGCGCAGUCUGGUAUAAUGAGCAUGAAGCUAUUCCUUACAUACAAGCACAUGAGGAUUUCAGACCGUCAGGUACUCUCAGCACUACAGAAGGCACGGGAGCUAGGAAUGGUGGCACUAGUGCACGCAGAGAAUGGGGAUCUUGUGGAUUUCUUCACUGAGCAUUUAGAGGCCCAAGGACUUACGGACCCGAGGUUCAAGGCGAUAGCACAUCCUCCAGAGGCUGAGGCCGAGGCCGUCAAUCGCGCCAUUACAUUUUCCUCUGUCAUGGAUACACCGAUGCUCAUCGUACAUGUCUCUGUUCGACAAUCGAUGGAUGUUAUUCGCAAGGCCCAAUCAUUAUUGAGGCCAGUAUUUGCCGAGACAUGUCCUCAGUACCUAUUAUUAGGUAAAGAGAAUCUCGACAGGGAUCAUUUCUGUGGUGCCAAGUUCGUCUGUUCGCCCCCUUUGCGCAGUGACCCAAAGGAUAUUGAGGAAAUAUGGAGAGGAAUCAUCAACGGUACAUUUACUAUAUUCUCAUCAGACCACUGCCCAUAUCGGGGGAAGAAGUUGGGUCAUUCAUACAACAAAAGUGGCGAGGUUCAAGGAGUCUUUACAAAAAUACCCAAUGGUCUUCCUGGAGUUGAGACCCGGAUACCCUUGCUCUUCUCUGAAGGUGUCCUCAAGCGUCGGUGCAUUGAUGUAAAGAGGUUUGUCGAACUCACGUCUGAGAACCCAGCGAAAUUGUAUGGCCUCUAUCCUCGCAAGGGUGCAAUACAAAUCGGAUCAGACGCCGAUAUCGUCAUAUGGCACGCACAGGAUACGUUCUCGCCAAGAAGGUUGGAACACAAUCUACACCUGCAUGAUGGUUGUGACUACUCGCCAUAUGAAGGCAUUGAGUUUUUGAACUGGCCUCGAAUCGUUCUUGUGCGGGGAAGGGUGGUCUUUCAGGAUGGCAUCGUGACAGGCACCAAGGGUUAUGGUCAGUUCUUGAAAAGGAAAACAUGUGGACUGACCUAUCAACGCCGAAUGAACAAGGAAUGGGAUGUGCUGCGUGCCUCUAUAUGA